AACUCUGCUCUCCUGUUUGGUCCAAUCAGGGCGGAAGUCCGUAAUAUGCAAAUAGCGCGUUAUCACAGUCACGUCAGCAGCGCGGAGUCGCUGUGCCGUGGCCAGCAGAAGAGUACAACUACAACACAACUUCGCACAUAACACUCGAUACACCGACGUCUGGAACACUGCACUUUCGGCUUUGUUUUAGGGCAGCACUAGAAUGGUGAUGCUGUAACUUUGCCAACUCAUCUGGACCAGCUUUCAUCCAGAGGCUUGGUCCCCUACUGGAUUUGGUCAUGGACUUUUUUGACGACCCUAACCUCUUUGUUGGAGGUCUUGAGGGGUUGGAAGAGGAUACCUUCCCACCCGGACCAUCAAUUGUGGAUGAGUUGAAUCUAACUGCUGAGUUUGAGUCCAUCCAAGCUAAUCCACUAAGCCGUGAAAAAUCCCACGACCAUGUGCCACCACUUACCUCUGCCUCAAUCCAUCAAGCCAUGCCCACCUACAAUCAGCAGAUGGGCCCCUAUAUGGGUAUGAAAACACAAAAUGCUGGGGGUUAUUCCUUUCCUGGCCCCGCAGUCUCAGGUAGUGGGGCAGGUGGCAUGAUGUCAGAGCAGCAUGGCCAAUACCACAACACCACAAUGAGCCAAAUAACUCAUACCAAUGGUCUCUUCUCUAACGGCAGCAGCCCAAUGUGGGGCAACCAAGACCAGAAUGCUAACAUUUACCAACAUCAACAGCCAGUUUGUCAUCAACAACUGCACAAUCAGCAGAUGCAUGUCAGACACCAGACUCAACCACACCUCCACCACCUUCCUCCGCCGCAGCAGCAGUGCAUGGGGCAGCAGCUGUUAAACCAUGGGCAUCACCAGCAUCAUAUGUCUGCUUCCAACACACAACAUCAUGCUUUCUCUUACCAACGGAAAUGCCCUCCACAGAAUCAACAGCAAUUUCACCAGAGUCAGCACAAUUUAGCUAUUGGAGAUCCAAGACACCUGUCAAAAUCUCUGCCCCAGAAGUCAUAUUUGGAUUGUAAAAAUGCUCCUGUGAGCAGGCCAUGUUUGCAGCAGUCACAGAACAACUACCAGAUGAUGGCAGGAGCUGGAGAAAACAACAUGGGCUUUUCUGUUCAUUCAUCGUCGAUGGUGCACCCUAUGUCUAACCACGUUACAUCUGCUAACUCUUACCCAUCGGCUCCAUACCCCUCCUAUCCAGGAGAACCAGAAGUGCCCUGUCUCAGUCAGCAAUCUUCCCUGUCAAGGCCUAGCAUGCAGAAUUCCUCUGGGCCAGUUUGUCCAUUUUCCACAUCAACUAUUGAUCAGCACAACAUGAGGACAACAGUGAGUCAAGCAGAGGAAUAUGACUUCAGAAGCACAGGCAACUCAGCAAGUUCACAAGGAAACCACAAGCAAGAGAUGUUUGGUGAUUCUGCCAGCUGCUAUCCCACCAUGGUCAAUCACUCAUCUUUUGACCCUCGACAAAGCUUUGGGGUUGCUAAUACAAAUGGAUACCAAGUGAAUCUUCAGCAAACAGAUGCACACAGUGGGGUUUUGGAGGCUCAUGAUGACCUCCUGCCUGACAUCCUGCCACAGCUGGAGGAAGCCUUUAUCCAACAGGAAGAAUCGAGCUGUUCCUGGAGCGAGUCCAUUCAGGAGAUGGGGCAGGAUUCUAAAGCACCACCUGUUGAGUACCCCGAAACCAAGCCUCGGAAGAACACCAAUGGACCCGGUAGUCAGCUUGAGGACCCAAGACCCCUAAUGAAGAGCAGCUCAUCUUCUUCCUCUUCCUCCUCCUCCUCAUCCUCCUCCUCUUCCUCCUCUUCCUCCUCAAGUUCAUCGUCUGAGAAGAGGACGCAGAGGAGACAUAGUCACCAUCAGAUGGACACACAGGAGAAGCAGGAGAAGGCCAACCGGAUCAUUUCUGAGGCUAUUGCCAAAGCUCGGCAGCGUGGCGAGAAGAACAUCCCCAGAGUCAUGAGUCCAGAGAGUUUCCCCAGCUCCUCAUCUCAGUAUAAAGCAUAUAGAGACCGGGAACAUAAGGGCAACAACAAGGCACGCACCAAAGACAAAGUCAAUCGCAAGGCACAUAUUGUACCCUCAUCUAAAAGCAAGCAGAAGGCCAAGAUUGGAAAAAUUGUCAUCAAGAUUGGAAAAAAGAAAAGGCGGAAACCAGAAACUUCAGAGGAAGAAUCAGAUGAUGACCCUCCCCCACGACACACCUUUAAGGAUGAUUCGAAGAGACGAUCGAAUCGACAGAUAAAGAGGAAAAAGUAUGCAGAGGAGCUGGAGGCGAGGUUGUCAGAUGAUGACGUCAAGGUUAUAGUGAAAGCUAAGAAAACCAACCCUGCUGUUCGCAGGCAGCCAGCUGUUCAACUCUUUGUUGAGAAUCCCACAGAUGAGGAUGCUGCGGUUGUUGACAAAAUUAUGUCUUCUCGCACUGUGAAGAAGGAGGUUUCACCAGGAGUUGUAGUAGAGGUGGAGGAGUAUUUUGUAAAAUACAAAAACUACUCAUACCUACACUGUGAGUGGGCGACAGAGCAGCAGCUGGAGAAAGACAAGAGGAUUCAGCAGAAGAUCAAACGCUUCAAGAUGAAACAAGCACAGAGGGCACUCUUCUUCGCAGAUAUGGAAGAGGAGCCCUUUAACCCUGACUAUGUAGAAGUAGACAGAGUGCUGGAGGUGUCGUAUUGUGAGGACAAAGACACAGGCGAGGAGGUGGUGUACUACCUGGUAAAGUGGUGCUCUCUGCCGUACGAGGACAGCACCUGGGAGCUGAAGGAUGAUGUGGAUCAGAGCAAGAUAGAAGAGUUUGAGCAGCUGCAGGCAGUCAAGCCAGACUCUCGCAGGGUGGAGAGGCCGCCAGCCAACCUGUGGAAGAAGAGGGAGCAGUCUAGGGCAUACAAGAAUGGCAACAGCCUCAGGGACUAUCAACUGGAGGGGGUCAACUGGCUCCUUUUCAACUGGUACAACAGGCGAAACUGCAUCCUGGCAGAUGAGAUGGGCCUGGGAAAAACAAUCCAGUCCAUUACAUUCCUUGAAGAAAUUCACCGUGUGGGCAUUAAAGGGCCAUUCCUCAUCAUAGCUCCACUCUCCACCAUUGCAAACUGGGAGCGUGAAUUUCGAACGUGGACCGAUCUCAAUGUCAUUGUGUACCACGGGAGCGUAGUCAGCCGACAGAUGCUGCAGCAAUAUGAGAUGUAUUUCAGGGAUUCACAGGGUCGUCCUGUACGUGGGGCAUACAAAUUUCGAGCAGUAAUUACUACAUUUGAGAUGAUUCUUGGUGGCUGUCCUGAGCUUAACGCCAUUGACUGGCGUUGCGUUAUCAUUGAUGAGGCGCAUCGACUUAAGAACAAAAACUGCAAACUGCUGGAAGGUUUCAAGCUCAUGAAUCUGGAGCACAAAGUUCUACUGACUGGCACACCACUUCAGAAUACAGUAGAAGAGCUUUUCAGUCUGCUCCAUUUCCUCGAGCCAUCUCGCUUCCCUUCUGAAAACACCUUUAUGCAAGAGUUUGGUGACCUCAAGACUGAAGAACAGGUCCAGAAGCUUCAGGCCAUCCUAAAGCCCAUGAUGCUGCGUCGCUUGAAAGAAGAUGUGGAAAAAAAGCUUGCUCCUAAAGAGGAAACCAUCAUUGAAGUUGAACUUACAAAUAUUCAGAAGAAAUAUUACCGUGCCAUACUUGAGAGGAACUUCUCCUUUUUGGCUAAAGGAGCUGGUCAGUCAAAUAUGCCUAAUCUAGUCAACACCAUGAUGGAGCUGAGGAAGUGCUGCAACCAUCCCUACCUCAUUAAAGGGGCAGAAGAAAAGAUCUUAGAGGAUUUUAGGGAAGUCUACAGCCCUACAGCUUCAGAUUUCCAUCUGCAAGCUAUGGUCCAGUCGGCUGGAAAGCUUGUGCUCAUUGACAAAUUGCUGCCUAAGAUGAAGGCAGGGGGGCAUAAAGUACUAAUUUUUUCUCAGAUGGUGCGAUGUUUGGACAUUCUGGAAGACUACCUCAUUCAGAGAAGGUACCUGUAUGAACGGAUAGAUGGACGCGUGCGUGGGAAUUUACGUCAGGCUGCUAUUGACCGCUUCAGUAAGCCUGACUCCGACCGCUUUGUGUUCCUCCUGUGUACACGUGCUGGUGGUCUCGGCAUCAACCUCACUGCAGCUGACACCUGCAUCAUCUUUGACUCCGACUGGAAUCCACAGAACGACCUUCAGGCUCAGGCCCGCUGCCAUCGCAUUGGUCAGGACAAAGCAGUGAAGGUGUAUCGCCUGAUCACCAGGAACUCGUAUGAGCGGGAGAUGUUUGACCGUGCAAGCCUUAAGUUGGGUUUGGACAAAGCAGUGUUGCAGAGCAUGAGCGGUCGAGAAAACAGCCUGGGAGGAGGUGCAGGGGGAGGAGCAGUACAACAGCUCUCAAAGAAAGAAAUUGAGGAUUUGUUGAGACGUGGUGCCUAUGGAGCCAUCAUGGAUGAAGAAGAUGAAGGUGCAAAAUUUUGUGAGGAAGACAUUGACCAGAUUCUUCAGCGCAGGACAAAAACCAUCACCAUUGAGACUGAAGGAAGAGGAUCUACUUUUGCAAAGGCCAGUUUUGUGGCAUCUGGAAACCGCACAGACAUUUCUCUAGAUGAUCCAAACUUCUGGGACAAGUGGGCUCAAAAGGCAGAUAUUGAUAUGGAAAUGGUCAAUGGGAGGAACAGUUUAGUCAUAGACACUCCUCGUGUGAGAAAGCAGACUAGGCCAUUUAGUGCUACCAAGGAUGAAUUAGCAGAGCUUUCUGAGGGUGACAGUGAUAGUGAUGAAACCAAACCCAAGCUACGCAGAACCUAUGACCGCCUCAACAGCUAUGGACGCACAGAGUGCUUCAGGGUCGAGAAGAACCUACUUGUUUAUGGAUGGGGCAGAUGGAAGGACAUUCUGAACCAUGGUCGCUUUAAGAAACAGUUGACCGAGAGGGAUGUAGAAACUAUUUGUAGAGCCUUAUUAGCCUAUUGUCUGGUUCACUACCGUGGAGAUGACAGGAUCAAAGGCUUCAUGUGGGACCUAAUUGCUCCUACUGAGGAUGGACAAACCAAGGAACUGCAGAAUCAUUUAGGUCUGUCAGCUCCUGUCCCGAGGGGCAGAAAGGGCAAAAAAAUGAAAACGCAAUCGAGUUCGUUUGACAUACACAAGGCGGAGUGGCUUAGGAAACACAACCCAGAGUACAUGCUUCAAGAUGAUGGCUACAAAAAACACCUCAAACACCAUUGCAACAAGGUGCUGCUCAGGGUCAGAAUGCUUUACUACCUGAAACAAGAGGUGAUAGGAAGCCAAGCCCAAAAGGUAUUAGACGGGGCUGAUGCAAGUGAGAUUAAAAUCUGGGUGCCAGAACCGGACAAUUCUGAGCUUCCAGCUCUGUGGUGGGACCCCAUCUCUGACAAGUGCCUGCUGCUGGGGGUCUUCAAACAUGGGUAUGAAAAGUACAACACUAUACGCGCAGACCCCACACUCUGCUUUCUAGAACGCGUUGGGCGACCAGAUGAGAAAGCGAUUGCUGCUGAACAAAGGAGCAAUGAUUUUAUGGAUGGAGAUGUGGAUGAUCCAGAAUACAAGCCUGCUCCUACUUUGGUGAAAGAUGAAAUGGAGGAUGAUGCAGCCUCACCCGGAGACCUAGUUGUUGCUGAAAACCCUGGAGAUGCGGCUCCGAUGACAGAGGGUAGUAGUGUGUACUGGCCUUCGGCUUCUGCGCUUACAGCAAGACUGAGACGUCUCAUCACAGCCUCUCAGCGUUUCACCAAAAGUCGGCAAAUCCUUCACAUCCACCAGACCCAGUCUCAGGCUCAACCCACACUGAUGCUGCCCACAGCUCUUUGCCCACUGCCCCCUUCGCUGAGCCAAACACUCAACCCCAAGAUGGCUGCCAAGAUUGAGCGUCAGCAAAGAUGGACCAGACGUGAAGAAGCCGACUUCUAUCGCGUUGUCUCCACUUUUGGUGUUGUUUUUGAUCCUACCAUUGGACGCUUUGACUGGACCAAGUUUAGGGCUAUGGCUCGACUGCACAAGAAAACUGAUGAGAGCUUGCAAAAAUACUUGUGUGCUUUCUCUGCAAUGUGCAGGAGAGUGUGUCGUCUCCCACCAAAGGAAGGAGACUCUGCGGUGGACCCCUCUCUGACCAUCCAGCCAAUCACUGAGGAGCGGGCAUCUCGUACCCUGUACCGAGUAGAGCUGCUGCGGCAGGUCAGGGAGCAGGUUCUUCGUCAUCCAUUACUAUAUGAGCGCUUGUCACUGUGCCAGGUGAGCUCCGACCUGCCCGUCUGGUGGAAGCCUGGGACUCAUGACCGGGACCUGCUGAUUGGAGCUGCCAAGCACGGGGUCAGUCGUACAGACUACCACAUACUGAGAGACCCAGAGCUCAGCUUCAUGGUAGCACAGCGCAGUUACAGCCAGAAUAAAGCACAGCAGCCAUCUCUCACAUCCACACAACCUCCUCAGCCUCACCUCAUGGCCUCCACCUCAGCACCAACAAGCUCUCCAGUGGCCCCGCCCCAACAGACUGAAACCACAGGGGGAGUGCCCAAAAUAGAACCCAAACAGGAACUUGACUCUGAGGGGGAAGAAAGUCAAGAGAAGCAGGCUCCGAGCUGGACUACAAACCAUGCGUCCUCUACUGCCACAAUUCAGGCAGUGAAGCUCGAGCCGCAGAUGGGGGACAGUGAAAGGCAGAUGGUAGCUGCCAGAACCAAACCCCUCACUCCAAAUUCUUCAGAGAAAAAAUCCAAGAAGUCCAGCAAGAGGAGCCGCAAGGAGGCCAGAAGGGACUCAGAUUCCGAUUCUGAUGGAUCUUCCUCAAGCGCAUCUUCCCACUCCUCGUCUUCCUCCUCAUCCUCCUCUACAUCCUCAGGCUCCAGCUCCUCCUCCUCUUCUUCAUCUUGCUCUUCAGGUUCUUCCUCAUCUUCUUCAUCCUCUUCCUCCUCCUCUGAUGACAGUGAUAGUGAUGGAGAAGAUGUUAAAAAGAAAGUUCCUGCAGCAACCGUUGUCAAGGGGUUUGACGAGGACAGUGUGGCAUCACUGAGCAUGACCCAGGAUGACACACAGGAUGCUACUGUUGCUAAUGGGAGCCACUCCCACCUGUUUCAGGGAGGAGGGUACACGCUUGCUGUAUCCUACUGGCCCAAGGACCGUGUGAUUAUCAACCGACUGGACAGUGUCUGUCAGGCUGUGCUCAAGGGAAAGUGGCCUGGAAUUCGCCGUGUCUAUGAGCCUGGAAGUUCUGUGGCCUCUUUCUACACCACAAAGCUGAUGGAAACCACGAGCAGUCCAUCUGAGGAUCCCUCAGCCUCUCCGCAAGGGUCAAAGGUGACCAAGCAUGUUGCAGAGAACAAGGAGUUCUCAGUAAAACUCAACAAUCAGGAGGGAGGAUUGAAGCUGACCUUUCAGAAACAGGGACUUCCUGUGAAGAGGCCCCUAGACUCUGAGGAGGGGCCCCAGGCUCAGCAGCAGUACUUGGCUCGACUUCAGGAGCUGCAGAAUGCCUCAGACACAGGCCUGACUGACAUCAGCAAACCACAGUACAGCUAUCAGAAUGUGUCUGCAAGUAUCCCUGGUCACAUAAGGAUGAAUGGAGCUGUGGAGGGCCAGCCAAUGGUUAAAAAACGCAGAGGAAGAAGGAAAAAUGUUGAGGGAAUGGACCUGCUUUUCAUGAACAGAAACAGAGCAACUCCAGCUCUUGAUCAGGUGCCCCCUGGAUGGGGAGGUAUAGGCCAGGUGGGUCUACCAGUUGCACCUUUGCCUGGCUACAGCCAAAGUUCUGCUGACUCUGAGAGCAGAGUUCCAGUCAUUAACCUCAAAGAUGGCACCAGGCUUGCUGGAGAUGAUGCUCCAAAGAGAAAGGAUUUAGAGCAGUGGCUGAAGGAACACCCAGGAUUUGUGGCUGAUACUGGGGCAUUUAUUCCGGCGGUUAAUAAAAUGCAGAUGCAGUUCCAUUUCCAGGAUGGGCGUCCCAAACAAAAGAGGCACCGUUGUCGAAACCCUAACAAGAUCGAUGUAAAUAGUUUAACCGGAGAAGAACGUGUCCAGAUAAUCAACAGAAGAAAUGCACGAAAGAUUGGUGGGGCAUUUGCUCCUCCUCUUAAGGAUUUGUGUCGGUUCCUACAGGAGAACCCUGAGUAUGGGGUCCCACCAGAAUGGGCAGAUGUUGUCAAACAGUCGGGUUAUCUUCCUGAGAGCAUGUUUGACAGAAUCCUUACUGGGCCCAUUGUUCCCGAAGAAGUAAGUCGUCGAGGAAGGCGACCCAAAAAUCCUCUGGCGAGAGCAGCAGCAGCAGCCCCAAAGCCAACAGGUUCCUCCCUGGGGCUGAGCCCUUUGUUAACUAAUGGUCUGCUGCCGGGAGUGGACCUGAGCAGCCUUCAGGCCUUUCAGCAGAACCUGCAGAGCCUGCAGUCUUUGCAGCUCACUGCAGGCCUAAUGGGGCUCCCAUCUGAAGCUAGCAACAUGGCAGCCAACAACUUAGCAGCCAUGUUUCCCAUGAUGCUCUCUGGCGUGUCAGGCUUGCCUAAUCUGCUGAGUGUUGGUGGACUGCUGGGUAAAGAGGGAGCUGCAAGUGCUGAGGGACAGGGUAAGGGAAAUGUGAGUUCUGGGCUGGAUCAGCCAGGCUCUAAAGUGGACAAUAAAGCAGAAAGGACAGAGGCCUCCAACACAUCACCUUCCAACUCUAACACCACAUCCCCUGGCUCACCCAACUCACUGUCCCUUAACCCUUUGUUACUGUCCAGUAUGAUUUAUCCAGGGAUGAUUCUUACUCCAGGCCUUAACCUUCCUGUGUCUGCCACACAGUCACAGAGCGCUAACAAUGAGCCUGUACCCACAGCGGCCUCAGCAGCAACACAGGAUCCCAAACAGCCAGCAGCCUUCAAAGACAAAGUGGGAGAAGGAGACAUAGUGUGUGAGGAGACACAAGAAGAUGAGGAGGAGUCGGCUGAACAAAAAGACAACAGUGGUCCAGAAGGUUCCGAAAAAGCUUCAUCAUCGUCAUCAGCAUCCGGGAGCUCUUCCUCAUCAGAUGACUCUGACUCGAGUGAUGAAGACUGAUCUAUGAAUACAAUUUGACUUUUAUUUAUGUAUUGCCUAAAAUGUAUCAUAUAUUCACUGAAAUUGAUUUUCUAGCACUUAUGUUUCAAUUUCUUUACAUGUAAAUAUACACUAACUAAAAGUUGUAUGAAAACAAAAAUGUUGAAAGACAACACUGAAAUUAGAUUUCAGUGUUGAAGGUACAGUUCUGUUAUGAGACAUGCAUGUCACACUUCAGAAGAUUUUCAACUCUGAAUGUGGAUUACAGUUAUGUACAAAGGCAACAAAAAGGCAUUAAUGUAAUUAUGUUGAGAUUUAAUUGUAUUAAAAAGUCAGACUUCAUAAACAUGCUCAUUGAGCUGAGCUGUACUCUUAAUAUAUUUUGAUUGUUGGAACUGGGCAGUUGUCACUCAGUUGUCAUGUAAAUAUCCAGGACUUUCUUGACACUUUGCUUUGCAGAUCAUAUGUUGGAUAUGCCAGCAAUAACUUGGGCAGCUAAUGAAUGUCACUGAAGCUGUAGAUUUUCUGUCUGCCAUUUUCCAUCAUAGUGCACAACUAACAGCCCAACUUCUUUUAUAAUAAGAUCAGAUCACAUCCACUCUGCUGAUUCAAAUGAAAUAAAUAUAAUUUUAUCUCUAAAGGACAUAAGUUAAAAUGUUUCAAAAAGUCUUAUGUUGUAAUGCAUUUUCUGAUAAGAUGCAUUUGCAUUUGACAUACAUGUCAGUCCAAGACGCACUUUAGCUUCCCACAGUACACUUGCACCUCAUCUGACUCUGGCAUUGCCUGAGUAUAAUAAUCCUCUGGAGUCUUUGGGGACAAAACACAACCUUAAUACUGUGCCAAACUGCCCUGGGAUGCUGUGAAAUCCCUACUGGGUAUUAUGGUCUCUGUCAUCAGAAACUGUUUCAGGACAACACAGAUAAUAUUACAACCCUGGUGUAUUUGACUGCAUCUUACCUCAACUACUAAACAGAUUGGCUUCACUGUGCAAAAUGUGCAUGUGUGUGGUAUUUAUAGUAUGUACAUAGUUCUUUUUCCUGCUGGAAUAUGUGUUUCUGUUUAAGAUUGAGAGCUUCCACAGUGUAGUACUGUGUGGCUGGCCUGUGCCUCUCUUCUGGUUUCUACUGCUUCCAUACUUUCCAGUUCGAAUGUUGUUAAGAUACUCCUGUUAAAAAGGAGGGGGCCUUGAAAACUUGCAACAAUGCGAUGCUAAGUGUUUUAGUUUUUUUCUGAUAGGAUUCAACAGAUUAUAAAUUCAUUCAGAUAAGAUAUUUGGUCACUUGACCACCUGUUUAACAAGUCUUACAGACAAUACAUGGUACAAGCACAUAUAAUUUACAUUCUGGCAGAGAUUGUUGUUAACAUACAAAAUCUAUGUGUAUUGAAGUGAAUACAGUGCCAGACCCACAAAACGCUGAAAUGGUUAGCUGUGUGGUGAGAACAAGUGUGUAGCUUGUCGUCUUUGACUUGCUUCUGCUGAUGAAUGAAGCUUGAGUUAGAUGUAGAAGUGCCCUUAUCCUGUACCUCACGCUGUAAUUAAACAGAUUAUGUGUCCAUACACAUUUUUUACAAUCACUGAACUGUACCCAGGAACUUUACACUGGAAUUCACUGAGACCGGAAGUACCUUUUUGUAAUGUUUCUUUCCACAUUUGUGCUCUAGGACUGCUGUUAAACAGUAGACUGUUAGAUAAGUACAAUAGUGAUCAUUUCUAAAAUCAGGCAGGUGGUCUCUUUGGUGUCAAAGCGGUAUUCCUUAGGUAUUGCUGUAGCAUUAUAUCCAGUGUUUUGCAGUGCUUCACAAACCAUGCACUCUUAGCACUGAUCUGAUCUCUGAAGUUGCUUAUUUUAUGCCUGUUCUACGGCCCUUGUGUUGGGUUUGUGUUUUUAUAUAACAAGCUUAUUUUUCUAUGUAUGGGCCAGAGUUGUCACAUGAUGUUGCAUCUGCAUCCCCACAUUACUAAAACGUGUAGUGCCCUUAUGCAAACAAGCCUAAUCAUGGCUAAAGGAAUCAUCUCUCUUCCGUUUGGUGCCCUGAAGUAACAUGCUGAAAUUCUGAUUGUGCUGUGCCUCUGUAAGACUUCUAAUUAGUGGAAGUUAAAUUGGACGUUCACUUACUCCUUAGCUUUUGUUUUCACCUGUUCUGCACUGCAUAGGGAUGUCCACAAUGCAUUGCUCACUUGACUAGAGGCAGUAUUGAAGUUAUACUCACAACUGAAGACCAAUAUGCAAGGACAGAUUUUCAACACACUACUACUGCUGUACAGGGAAGUUUACUUGCAGUUAUUGUUCAUGCUUUCACUGACAUGACUAUCAGAACUGAUGUUUUGUUUUUUUUUGUUUUUUUCAAGCUUGUAUUAUUAUAUUAUCACUCUGAUAUUCUCAGAUUUUUUUCCUUGAACAUUAUACAGUUGUAAUAUUUGCAAGUUGUGGUCUGUGUAGUCUGAUAAUUCUCUAUGUAGUUGCAGAAAAACAUGUCUUAAAGUCAUUUGUAAUUUAUUGGAUUACUUUCUAUGAAGUUCUAUAGAGGAAAAUGAGGUUUAAUUAUUUUUAUUAAACAUAUUCUGACUAUCCAUAA